UUUCUAUCUAGCACAUCUUUCAAAUUACGUAUUAAUUUGGAAGCACAGGCCAUUAUUCUCGCCAAAUGAGACCAUCUUGGAUCAAUUUUACGCCAAUUUAGCCCUUUUGGAUAUACGUAAGGAUUAACUAUGGAUGACGAGGACAUCCCAACAUUUUCUUCACAGGCUGAGGAGUUGGAAUACUGGAAAAAUAAGGCACAGGAAUUGAAAACAAGUCUGAGUGAGACGAAGGAGGAGCUAGAGGAAUAUCAGAUCAGUAGUCAGGAGUUAGAAGCAGAGCUGGAAACACAACUAGAACAGUCAGAGUCUAAGGUCAAAGAUCUCGCAUCUACUAAAGAAAGAUUAUCAACAGAAUGUGAUAAUUUAAAGGAGAAACUGGAGAUGUCCCAGGAUAACUACUUACGGCAAAUCAACGAGCUGCAGGAUGAACUAGCACAAAUUAAGGCCAUCCGGGAGGAACUUCAAAAAUACAUCAGGGAACUCGAGCAGACAAACGAUGAUUUAGAAAGAGCCAAAAGAACAACUGUAACAUCCUUAGAAGAUUUUGAACAUAGACUAAAUUCAGCAAUUGAAAGAAAUGCCUUCCUAGAGAAUGAACUAGAUGAGAAGGAGUCAUUAGUAGUCACAGUUCAAAGGUUAAAAGAUGAAGCGAGAGAUAUGAGGUCAGAGAUCAAUGUCAGGGUCGUGCCGGACAACGAUGCAGAGCAUGCAGCGAACGGAAGACACACGCCCUCUGGUGACCACACGGUGGAUAACAAGGUCCUUCAUGAAGCAGAGACGAACACCACCCCAGGAAAAGAUUUACAAGCUAAUUCAACAGGGGUAGCAGGGAGUGGCAACGCUCCACUCACACCAUCAGCCAGAGUAUCUGCUCUUAACAUCGUUGGGGAUCUACUCAGAAAAGUUGGGGCUCUGGAGAACAAGCUUGCAUCGUGCCGGAAUUUCGUCAAAGACAAAGAGGUUCCUAGGAAACCUGGCAGUCCUGUCGAUACACCAAGGCAAACAAAAAGAACGCCGAGAUCUACAAACUCGACACCCUCAUCAAAUCUACCAGGGGUCGUGAAGAUAACCGUAUGAGCUAUCACUGACUUUAAGAACAAUAUCAAACUAUUUACUCCUGUCAAAGGAUGUUGCAUUGAAAAUGUGUAUUCGACCCUGAUCCUCAGAAAGGAAAUGGCCUUCCGAUUGGUGUAAGCGGACCGGUAGUCUCUCGCAGAAGGCCAGCUUGCACUGUACAGUUUCACACCCUGAAGGCCGAAGCGACGAGAACUCUCCAUGAAUGCUGCAAGGUGCGUGGGACACUCUGCGUAAGAAAACCUCUGUCUGUCCAAAAAUCCUUCCAAGACUGCAGCAAAGCUGUCAUCUGCGGAGAGAAUGUGGGAGACGAGAGGACGAUACAGAUUCAUCUUCUUAUGCCAUGGAAUGCCCCAAAUGUGCAUUGUUCCUUUAUACCUCUUUGAAUGUAUACCCUUUUUCUGAUUCCCGUGUGUUUUUAUCAAGCAUUUUGUCGAGUAGAGUGUGGGCUGAUGACAAAUUUAGUCCAAUUUUCACUCUGUUUUAAGAGCGUCCCUGUCUCGAUAUUGAGGAGGCUGAGAAUGUUUUGGUCCAUUGCUUUUCUGCUGUCUGUACCGCUCUUUAUGUAUCCAAAAUCUUGCCUAUUGGAUGUCAUCAUUUGAUGCCUUCAGUUACCAGAAAAGUUUAGAUAAAGUGUAGCUGUUGGAUGAUUUUUGGAUCUUUAUGAUAAAAGGCUUACGAUGGUACACCUUUCAAAAUUGUUGAUAAAAAGUUCAUUGGAAAUAUCAAUGAUAUUAGCAAAACAAGAACUGGGAAGAAACCGAACUACUAUUUUUCAACUUCAUAGAGAAAAUAGAAUAAUACAGUAAUAAGAGUAAAAGAGGGUUUUACACUAACAAUAUCUGCACUAGUGUACUGCACUAAUUUAUAUUUUCAAUUAACUUGUUACAUGCUUCUUCUGUGCACAUGAAAGAUGUUUACGAUUAUUUAUACUUCACAUAAUUUGUGGUACUUCCACUACGGGCAUAUAUGGAAGAUUUUGAAAUCUAAAAGGGUCCUCCGUGAAGUGUUUCUUCUCACUUAUAUUCUUGCAGCUACAUGCUUUGGCAUAGAAUACUAAUAUCAAUGUUGCUUAAAAUGAAAACACUCACAUCAUUUUGUUCAAGCAGAUUACUGCAGAACAGAUCUGUAGAAGAAAGAAUUUUCUUAAAGAGCAUAUUUUUCUGUCAUACAAAGUUAGACAUGUUUGGUUGAAUCCAUUUGUAAGAUGGGGCGAGUAACCUAUAGCGGUAGGUAAGAGGGCCAAAUAUGUUUCAUAUGGUGUGGACUGGGGAAAGGGGCAAUUAGAAGCUGUUUUGAAAAAAAUGUGUGUAAGGAAGAGGAGACAUGUAUUUAUGAAAAAAAUGUUAAGAUAUUUUUCUGUAUCUUUUUAAAAAUAUACAGGAUAAAAUUUAUAUGAUGCAAGCUGUUUUGGAAGGUGUAACGUUUUUGUGUUCUGUCUAAAUGGUAUUCAAUAUUGGGGUAGUUUCAGCUUGUGUGUGUUUUUCUUUUCUAGGCAUGAAGGUGUAGAUAGAAAUCUUAUCUGAUCAUUAGCAAAUUAGUUAUCAAAUUAGUUAUCAAAGUAUCAGUUACUGAAUAAUAGAAUAUUUUUCAAACAGCAGUUGUAUCGCUGUUGCGUUCUGUAGGCACUUCAUUGAAUUCUGUAUGCUGUUUUGCUCUUAAUGAAACAAGUUGGACCAAUUUCUUUGUCUUGUCUUUUUAGGAAACAUUUUAAGCUUUCAAAGGUAAAGAAAAUGAUCUUUAUGCUGAGACUCAACUGAAAGUGCUGUUCUACUUCCAUCUUUCUGCAGUUGAUUGAUCAUACUAUGAGAGUACAAAAUCAAAUUGUCUUUUACGCGCAUGCAAUCUUUCUGACCUAAUUGUACCUGUUAAAGGGCAAUCCAACCGUUGUAUUGAGUUCAUUUGUAUGAAAGCAGAAAAGUAAGAGAAACAGAAUGGCAAAAGUUUGGAAUAUAUCGGACCAAUUACACAAGAAUGUUUGAAAACGAAAAUGACUACCUGUGUGCAAUUCUCAAAUUGGUAAUUUGGUCAGCGGAUUGUGUCGUAGUCAUAAAUAGUUCAGAAUUGGCAUAUAUAAAGAAGAUAAGUGUUUUGUUCUAUUCUUAGCCAGUCAAUGCAUGGGAAUGUUAAUGAUAGAUUGAAGUACAGCAUGACCGUAAUUAGUGUUUGUUAAUGCAAGCAAACAUAUAACCAACAUUUUAGCUAUAGGCUAAUACCCGAAAUUAAUUAGUUUUUGCAAUGUCAACAAAAUUUGUAAAAUGCAAAAAUACAAUAAUGUUCUUCAAAGCAGAAUUUUUUAUCUGUGACUGGUCUCAAAUAGUUGUUUUGGCCCUCAUUUUGAAGUAUUACAACAGCUUUAAACAGUCCUAUUUGUUGCCAUGUCUUACAGAUAAAUAUAGCAUGUAAAUUUUUAGCAAAAGAAAUUAUUUUUGGAAUAAAAUGAAUAUGAUAAUUGAUAUAAUCAUAACGAAAUAAUUCACAUUUGUAUGAAAUAAGCUGGGAAGUACACAUUACACAAAGAGUAUGUCUUUGUGGUAACUCUUAUAUUGGACAUAGAUUAUACUAAGCUGAUAAAGUCACUUAUGGUUCAUACCUUAAUUUUUAUUUCCUCAUGCAGAUUUGUCUGUCUGUCAGUCUGUCUGUGAAGCAUGACAUUCUUCACAUUGAAAUGUUGACCUUUUCUAGACGUUUGUUCAACUUAAUAUUUUUUUUUUCAUUCAGAUUUAGACCCAUCAUUCAUAAGUUGAUAUUUAAUCACUCUAUACAUUUCAGAUACGUAAACCUGAAAUUUAUUCUAUGAUUUAUCUUAGUCAAGAUCAUUUACCAAUGGCUAUUCAUCACUUUAUUGACUGCUUUUCAUUUUAUUUUAUCAGUGAUUAUUUCAUUGACUUUGUUAAGGUUAAAGGUCAUAUGUAUCCUCUUAUUCCCCUUCAUUGUUAUCAAAUCUAUCAUACACUAUUCCUUCCAAUAAAAUCCCAUUUUAACCAAUACAUGACUUCAGUAUAGCAACAUGGAACCCCUUACAUCAAGAACAAAACCUUUUUGGUAAUUAGUACUUUUUAAAUUCUAGAUUGCGCCCAAAUCCAGUGUCUGUUUAUUUGUAACCAAACAACUGACUUCAAUCUUCUCCAAAAGGCUUUUUUCGUAAUUUAAUAAAGUCUAAUACAUCUUUGUUACGUGCCUCAUUAUGAACUAUUGAAUUUGCCUGUUAUGAAAAAAUUGUAUUUCAGUAGUCCGAUUGCAAAUUGCAUGUACUUUUUGUUAGGCAGGGCAAUCUGCAAUGUCAGUCUGACCUAGCAAAAACCAAUACAUGUAAUUUGCAUUCUGACGAUUUGAUUACAAUAUGUAACAGGUGAUUGAGAUAGCUUUUCGGAAAGUCAACAGGUAUACAUUUAUAAUCAUUUAAAAAAUGGUGUACUUACCAAAAGAAAGAAUAGGUUCAUUUCAUCCUAAAACAUAUACAAUGACAUUUGUGUUUGGUGUACGUUAGAUACUUGUUAUAAAGCCUAUGUCAAUCAUAAUCAUUUAUGUGUUUCUUUUUUUCUGUUUUGUCUUUUCUAAAUCUAAUCUAUACAUGUAUUUUAGUUUAUAAGAUCUGGUGCUGCUACUGUGUAGACAAAAAAUGACAAAAAAGAGCAUGUAAUACUUUGUAACCUAAUAUAUGAUUCACAUUAUCUUUCUACUAUGAUUUUUAUGGUGUGUUUAAAGAAUGCCUUGAUGGAAAUUACUGUAUGUGGAAUAGGCCAGUUGCUAACUAUAUACAUGUAUGUAGAUGUAGCUUUGAAAAGAUCGAGUUGCUGGGUCUCCAAAACAAUAUUGGCAAAUGCUAUUGCCAGUGCCGACACUUACUGCAACACUAAGUUUGAAGAGUGUGUUUUAGUACAAUUGUUGUUGUAGGUGUUCCGUACUUGUAUAGUUCCAUAAUGCUCCAUCAUUUCAUAUUAGAUAUUCAUUGCAGAUGUUUUCUUUGUUAAAGUUGCUCAAGCAUGGGUAUGUAGAGGGCAGCACACAGACAUAAUAUCCGUUGGCUUAGUGUUGUGUAGUGAUCGCCAAGUUGCCUACUUCAUGAACGACUACAUACCCACGCAUGGACAUCUUUAAAGAAACAAUCGUGUGAGAAACUCUUGCUGUUUCCCUCCAGGUUUAGAAGUACCUCACCUUUUCUGUGUUGCCUGGAAUCGUAAAUUUUCCAAUGAAAGAGCCCUUCAUGCCUUUUAAAUAGCUCAUGAAAGAUAAGCCCUAUGUUGUACAAAAUGUCUGCUCAAAACCAGAGGGAUGUGAACUCACUGAUGAAAUACAGUGUUAACAUCCCUCUGGCUCUCAAGAGAUGAAUCAUGUGACUCCAUGCAAACACGCAUUUCCCUUUUCUUUCUGUGAAAACAUUGGACAUGUUGCCAAAUGGGUCAUACAAGGUAUAGGUAGCCCCACGCUGUUCAGUAUGUUAUUGGUGUAUUUAGUUGAAACGGUAAAGAAGGUAAAGCAUUCAUGUAAAAAAAGAAUAUUGAUCAUUUUAUUGAUCAGCUUCUGCUUUGGCAAAUAACUUAUUUUUUUACCUGGUUAUUUGCUUGAGUGGGAAGUAUGAAUUUUCAGAAUUGUACAGAAAAAAUAUUUGAAAUAUAUAGAGCAAUGUAUUAAGAAUUAUUUAAAAACUAGACAGAUACUAGUAUUUGAAUGAAGUACAUACUGGAAUGUAAAGGACACAUAGUGUAUGUAAAUUAUAAUAUUGUGCAUGGCGUGGGUAAAUAAAAAGAAUACCAUUAAAAUUGCACCUUAUUAUCCCAGGUAAA